AUGCAAUUGGCUGCGUCUACAGAGACGAUGUAUCCCCCUAUUAAACUACCGCAUCCGUUCCUCACGGCAUAUCGUGUUAAGUCCGUGGGAGACACCAUGCCUGCCAAGCUUAUCUUGACGUUGGACGACAAGUCUCCAAAGGGCCAGCCUUUGCCGGAGCCGCUGCAUCUUACCACUCUCUCAUGGACAGAUUUAGCACCCCUACCCAAGAAUGAAUGCCCGCACCUGUCCGACAACAGUCCAUGGGCCCGAACUCGUCGCAGUCCUUCAACUACUUUUGAGUGGACAGAUGACAAGGUUCCUUCUUUGGGACAGAUCUGGAACGUCGUUCACGCAAUAUAUCUGGCUCAUCCAGCUGUUGAAUACUUCAGGCUUACUUUGAAAGGCAAGGAGAAGGAACUGGUCCGCAGGGAGCUGGCUGCGACAGGUCUUGGAAUUGAUCAUCCGGGGCCGCGGAAUCCCUCUGAAGCGGCGGCUGCAUAUUCAGAGGAACUAAUCAUUCUUCGAAGCGCAUUCUGGCAAGGCGCAGCAUCUCCGACAGGCCCUCGACCUAUUUGGAUUGCUGGAGCUGGCACAGACGCGUCUUUGAGGAUCAGUCUGGCCCAGUAUCCACUAAUGCCCGAGCAUUACCACUUCACGAACAAGUUCCCAAGCGAACCGGUGUACACACGUCACCCAGUACGGCGCCCGAAGCCUGAUCCGAAGUCGAUUGUCUAUAGUCGCUAUAUCCCCGAAAUCGACAUGCACUUUUCUCUUGAAACAAUCGACUGGCAGGAUGACGAGCAUUUAAAGCUCUUCAACAAGUGGCAAAACGACCCACGAGUUGCCCAGGGCUGGAAUGAGACGGGGACUCUGGAACAGCAUCGAGAGUAUCUGCGAAGACUUCACUUUGAUCCUCACGUCCUGUGUCUAUUUGGGCGUUUUGACGAAUCCCGCUUUGCUUAUUACGAGCUGUACUGGGCUAAAGAGGACCAUUAUGGCGCCCACUAUGAUGCCGGGGACUAUGAUCGUGGGCGACAUUCUCUAGUUGGUGACGCUUCAUUCCGGGGCGCCCAGCGUGUCAAUGCAUGGUAUUCCAGCUGCAUCCACUACUGCUUUUUGGAUGAUCCACGAACUGGGAAUGUCGUUGGAGAGCCCAAAGCAACUGGUGCCACUAUCCUAUCCUAUGAAAACUCCCAAGGCCUCACCAUUGGCAAGUAUGUUGACUUUGGCCAUAAACGAUCGGUGCACUCCAUAUGCAGUCGCGAGAAAUGGUUCCAGCUUUGUCCGCUAUUCUGGGAUGGGCGUGAGCGGCCUCUUGAAUCGGCUGACCGCGCUGCGUGGAAUGCAAAGCUCUGA